AUGUCGCACAACCCAACUACCUACUUCGACCCUGCGGCGCCGGUGUUCGUCCCCAUUGAAGACAUGUGCCACUAUCAGUCAGGUUCAUGGAUCGUAGUCCACGACGAUUUCCUAGUUCCAUCCUACGAUUACGCUGUCCUUUCUCAGCCUGGCUUCUACGACUCACUUCCUCAGUCUCUGCCUCCAGUCAUGACCCCGCCACCCGACAAUAUGCUCUACACCUUCAGCCAACCUUCAAACAGCAACAACGCUCCUCUCCUUGCCUCCAUGUCUCCUGAAGACUUCGACCGAGCCCUCAGAAAGGUCCGCGCAGAGGCCGACGACCUGGCCAAGCACGGUACGCAUGCCACUCCAGAGGUCAUGAUGGCCAAGCUCGUCUCUGCACAGUGUGCCUUCCUCCAAAGCCUGGAUUACGCUUCCCACAUCGUCUCACGCGCCACUACCGUCCGAGAGUACAGCCGACGCUCCCGUCGGCCGGAAAGCACCAAGAAGAUCCUGGACAAGACCAAGGCCAAGGAAGGGACAGCAGUCGCUCGACACCACGCCCGUGCUCGUGUCUAUGCCCGUCCUCAGCGCGAGGAGGAGGCGAUGAGCUCGCGGGAGGCUGAGACGAGCAAUGAGGCUGGGGUUCAUGAGGGAGAUGAAGGGGAGUGCAGCGGUACUGGGAGUGUAGCAAAGACUGAUGUUGAGCAUGAGUCUGCUUAG